GUAGUUUCCUUUCCUGCAAUUUUUUUUAUUUACUUUUAAUUUCAACUGCUUUAUUAGAAUUGCACCUUGUGGUUUUUGAUUUCUUUUCACCUCUACCGAGCAAUUACCCGUGCCACGCAAAUUUCCUCCCGACAUCACCGACAUACUGUAAAGGAAGCCGUCCGGGACGACCACAACCACAACAACCACCACAACCCAUACCGACAAUCACAGCGACUAUAGCUCGUCAUACAGCAGACACAUAGUCUCCAGCGCUUCCCAGUCUAUCAAUCGACUUGAGGAUCUUUCACCACUGAUCUCGAGACCAACGUUUCGUUCAUUGACGCCAUCGCGCAUGUCGUCUCAACAGUAUUACGGCCAGCAAGCUGGUUAUCAAGGACCAGGCGGUUACCAGCCCGGCCAGUCGUAUCAUCCGCCGCCGCCGCAACAGUCAUAUCAACAGCCAAACUAUGGCUACAACCAACCUUACCAGAAGAACAACGGCCACCAGCCAGGCUAUCCUCCACCCCAACCGCCUGGAGAUGCCUAUGGUUAUCACCCUCCCGCUCCCCCUCCACAGGGUCAUGACCCGGAAAAGUACAGCUUCGACCAGGCCUUCAAGGUCGAGAAGCCCAAGUGGCACGACCUCUGGGCUGCCGUUUUGUUCAUCCUCUUCUUCCUCGGCUUCACCGCAGUCUCUGGCAUCUCCAUCAACGGCUACGUCAACUCCAGCAGCGGUGGCGGCAUCUAUCGUGACGAAAGCUCCUUUGCCCUGAACAGCAACACCAUCAUCCUCUUCGCCUUUGUCCUGGUCGUUGCCGUGGUCCUAGGCUACGGGUACGUCUGGCUCGCCCGCCUCUUCCCGAAACAGUUCAUCUGGGCCACCGGCAUCCUCAACAUCGCCUUCGCCAUCGGUCUCGCCAUCUACUUCUUCUACCGCCGGUCUUGGGGCGGCGCCAUCGUCUUCCUCAUCUUUGGCCUCCUGCUCGCCUUCUUCUUCUACACCUGGAUCCCGCGCAUCCCCUUCUCCGCCCUCCUGCUGCGCACCGCCAUCGAUGUCGCCAAGCGCUAUGGCCACGUUUACCUCGUCUCCUGGCUCGGCGGCCUUCUGGGCGCCGCCUUCGCCGCCUGGUACGCCGUCACCCUCGUCGCCGUCUACGACCGUUUCCAACCCGACCCCCAGAACCCAAACUGCGCCGACGGCAGCUGCAGCAGGGCCCGCGUCAUCGGCCUCAUCGUCUUCAUCACCUUCUCCAUGUACUGGAUCUCCGAGGUCAUCAAGAAUGUUAUCCACACUGCCAUCUCCGGCGUCUACGGCUCCUGGUACUUCUGCGCCCACAACUUCCCCCACGCCGCCACCCGCGGAGCCCUUAAGCGCGCCUUGACCUACAGUUUCGGCUCCAUCUGUUUCGGUAGCCUUGUCGUCGCCAUCAUCAACUUCCUCCGCCACAUCUGCUCCGUCGCCCGCAUGCAGGCCGGCGCUGAGGGCGAUCUCAUCACCUGGGCUCUCUUUUGCGUCCUCAGCUGCAUUCUCGCCGUCAUCGACUGGGCCAUCACCUUCCUCAACCGCUACGCCUUUUGCCACAUCGCCCUCUACGGCAAGGCCUACCUCCCUGCUGCCAAGGACACUUGGGCCAUGAUCAAGGAUCGCGGUAUUGACGCCUUGAUCAAUGAAUGUCUUAUUGGCCCCGUACUCUCUUUCGGCGCCACAUUUGUGGGUUAUGCGUCCGCCCUGCUCGCCUUCCUCUACAUCACCCUCACCGACCCCCCUUACAACCGUGGAGGCGACUACACCGCCGUCAUUGUCGCAUUUUCCUUCCUCAUCGGCCUCCAGAUCGCCAACAUCUUCACCACUCCCAUCUCCAGCGGAAUCGAUACCAUCUUCGUCGCUGCGGCCUGGGACCCCGAGGUCAUGAUCCGCGACCAUCCCGAACUCUACCACGAGAUGGUCCGCGUCUAUCCCCACGUCCAGCAGGCCAUCCACGCAUGAUGGCGCUUAGCUUUAGAGAAGGAAUGUAGUUUGCACGAUUCACAACUGUCGCGGCCGGUCACUGUCAGCACGAGGGUAGAGGACUGGGGUCCCGGAGACAGGCGUUUGCACGAAGUUCCGAUUACUUCUUGGGCGGUCUUUAACCUGUAUCGUAGUAUUGCUUUGGCAUAGUUUCCCCGAUUCCCUUCGUCUCCCUAGAAUAAUUACAGUUUGUAGUUUCCCAACCAUGGAGAAAGCAUCAGUAUCUAUUAUUUGUUCGAAACAAGCA